AGUCGAUACGUGCGUUUCAUGUCGACUCUCUUGCAAUGGGCACUCUUUGGCUCUGCUGCCUAGCAACAAACAUUAGCGAGCUGGUCAGUUGCCUGGUUAGCUACUCUCAUGCGCAACGUAGUUAGCUGAAACGUAGGCUUGCCGAUAGAUAGUAAUGCCGAUAGAUAGUAAUUUUCAUCCCGUAAAUGUCACAGAUUUUACUCAGUUGUCGACAUUAAUUAAACUUUAUCUGCUGCUUUGAAGCGGAGAACACUGGCUCUGUGCAGAUAUUAGCUAGAUAUCAUUACCGGGAGGAGCAGAAGGUUCUUUUCUCGGGGAAAAGUGGCUAACCUUAGCUAGGUAACCUUAGCACCAGAGUCACUAGCAUCUCCUCUUUCCAGAGAGUAGAGCAAAGGGAGGCUGUAGAUAUGUGAUUGUGGGUUAGCUGGCUGUUUAGCUUAUCUAAUGUUGGCGGACACCGGAUGACUCGCAGCGUGAUUUUUAACAGGUGGUAUAUGUGUUUGUGUCACAUCACUCAAACUACCUGGGCGGAGUGGAACUGAGAAAAGCAGCCAGACAUCGCCACCAUGUUGGAGGAGGACAUGGAAGUGGCCAUCAAGGUGGUCGUAGUCGGCAAUGGAGCUGUUGGCAAGUCCAGUAUGAUCCAACGAUACUGCAAGGGCAUCUUCACUAAGGACUACAAAAAGACCAUUGGAGUGGACUUCCUGGAAAGGCAGAUACUUGUAAAUGACGAAGAGGUCCGACUAAUGCUUUGGGACACCGCUGGGCAGGAGGAGUUCGACGCUAUCACCAAGGCCUAUUAUCGUGGCGCGCAAGCAUGUGUGCUGGUCUUCUCUACCACGGACAGGGAGUCAUUUCAGGCUAUUGACAGCUGGAGGGAGAAGGUGGAGGCAGAGGUUGGAGAUAUUCCCACAGUUCUAGUGCAGAACAAAAUUGACCUCCUGGAAGAGACUGUUAUAAAAAACGAAGAAGCAGAAGCUUUGGCUAAAAGACUUAAGCUGAGAUUUUAUCGAGCUUCAGUAAAAGAGGACCUUAAUGUCAAUGAGGUUUUUAAGUACUUAGCUGAGAAGUAUCUUCAGCGACUCAAACAGCAAACAGCAGAGGAGACAGAGGUGGUCCAUACAACAAGCAAUAAAAUAGGUGUUUUUAAUACCACAAGUAGUAAUGUCUGCAACCAGAGCUCCACCAACGGCAGAGAAGUCAUCACCUUGCGACCUAACAAACAAAGGACCAAGAAGAGUAAAAAUCCUUUUGGAAAUUGCAGCCUACUCUAGAUAGAUUCUUUUAAUUUUAGUGACACACUAUUGUUUCUAAGACUAGAUUGGUCAUUGUUGUAAUCAAUCGAGGUAGCCACAUUUAGAGACCAAAGCCCACAGAGACUGGGAAAUAUUAAUCUAUAUACCACUUUAAUAACCUGAUGUUUAAUCUGUAUCCCCUCAAUGAUGGUAGAAUUUCCUUUGGUUCAGCCUUGGAUCUCCAUCAGUCAUCUGUGCACAAAACCUGUCAACGUUUGUGCACUCUUGGGUCCUCCUUGUGGUUGCCUUAAGUAACAGCAACAGCUGUAGCUACAUUAUGCUGUGUCAUGAAUUUAAUGAAACCCCUCAAAAAAAAAGAGAGUUACGUUUGUGAGUACUGGUGGGUUUUAAAAAAAAAAAAAAGUGACUUGAUUUGCAAGCAUCUCAUCAAAAUAUGGAACAGCAAAAGUUGCACUCUUGCUCUGUGAAAACAUUUGCUCCUGGUUGCCCAAUCAUGUUUGACAUUUCAAGCGUGCAAUAUGUUUGCAUGCAUUGUAGAAGAUACACAGAUUAUUUUGUACCAUAUUUUUCUAACUGUCAACAGAAUAUGGUUCAGACUAUACUGUUUAUCAUGGACAAAACAAUAUCGAAUCCAGAGUUAAUUCUCUGUGCAGAAGUAUUUUUGUACAAUCACAACAGUGUUGAGCGAUAUUUUCACUUAAGUGUUGACAUAGUGCCAAAUUUCCAUUUUCUGAGCUGUAGUUAAAUAUUAACACUGCAGUGAUUUGGAUGUAACAUGGAAUUAAUAGAAUGUGCUCCUGUAUAUAACCAAAUAUCAAUAACUCUUGUCACAAAAUAUUCCCCUGUGUCUACUUACAAUCCACUUAUUUACAGAUUUGUUCACCAAAUUCUCAGACUUUCAUGAAGUCUCGGACUUUAUGAUGUAGAACAUGAGUUGAAUUAAUGAUACUCUGCUCUUUGAGCCACAAUCAGUUAUUGUGCUAUGUUUUGAUUUCAAUUGUUUACAUUUGUCAUAUUUCAUAUUUAACUUAGCUUUUCUUUAACUUUAGUACAGCUUUGAAUAACUAAUUGGUUACCUUAAGAAUCAAUCAUUUCCAAUACCUUUGUAUUCCAUUUCACUAUACUUCUAACAUUUCAAACAUAAUCAUGGUACAAGACCUUGGUUUUUAUUUUUUGGUUUGCCCUCUGUAAUGUCUUAUCAGGUAUUACUAUUUUGUUAAUAUCAUCCUGCUCCCUUUUUAAUGGGGGAAAGGGAGAAGGGGUGGGAAUACAGAAUUCAAAAGACUGAAAGAGGUGUCUUGAGCAGAACGUAAACUCUUGCUCUCUGAAGGUAUUACAAAAAGCUGACUAUCAGGAUUGGAUAUUUCUCUAUUGAGGUGCUUGUGUGGGCCUGGAUGUGCAAAUCUCGUUUUUUCUCACUACAUGAGGAUACUCCAAAAAAGAUCUCCCAAACUAAUUCUCAGUUCUCAUUACAGCAAGCUGUGAACUGUAUGUCAUUGCCUUCUCUGCAUCAAGUCUUUUUUUUUUUUUAACAGUUUUUUCCCCAAAACUCAUUAUCUGAACGACACCGGUUUACCAAGCACAAAGAUAUGUGGGGUAAUGUGGGAUAUCAUAUAUUAAACCUCUCGUCUAAAAUGAUUAACAUUUCUUGAAAGUAUUUUACAUGGAGUUAUAUUACAUAGGAAAUCUGGGAAUACAUGUGCAUGCAUUUUUUUGUCUUUUUAAAGGUUUUGUAACAGAUCUCAGAUCUGUUACCAGAGUCAGAUGAAGUUCAAAUGGGACUGAAUUUGUUCAUGUUUUUCACUUCAAAGUCUGUUGUGAACAACCCAACAGGUGUCCAACAAAUAUAUCAUUGGUACUAAGAUUGUGUCAUAUUUUAAGCUUUCUCAUUUGAUUGUAUGUUAACAGUUCUGUUUUGAGAAAAAAAGAAAGUGUGGCGUAAGUAAUGCAUGUAAGCCUUUUUUCCAUAUCAGUGAAUGUUUUUACCAUGGUUGCAAUGCCACGAUGCCUUGUCCAUAUUUACAUUCUCCCCCAGUAACCAGUAAGCAUUUUAGUCCUACUGCUGAUUUUUCUUCAAAACUGCCUGCACAGUAAAUGUGUAAUUAUUUCUCAAGCUUUCUCUUGCUUGUAAUAUGUUGUUUACUUUGCCUUUUUGCUUUUUGACUGAAUGGAUUUAGUGCACUUUAUUAUUAAGAUGGCAUAUAAUCUUAAAGAACCAUAAGUUAAAACUAACCAUACUUAUGUGCUGUCACUCAGGUGUUGUAAUAAUCUUUGUGUUUUACUGUGUCUCUACUUUUUCACACACAACUUCAUAAACCAAUUUCACACAUUUAGAUAGACAAACCAACAUAUGUAUGCUUACAGUCUGUCAAAAACAACAAUCAUUGUUGGAUUUUCAUUUUAACAGUUACAGAUGUAUCACAACUUGAAGCGCUCCACACAGCUGUGCAGGUUGGGGCUGGUUGGACGGUAAUCUGACUUAAA